AUGACCGUCUCUCUUUCCGUCACGCUGGUCGGCCUGCUGGCCUCGCUGGCUGCAGGUGCCGCCACGGGUGCUCUGGCGGGCGAGGAGCAUCCCGCUAUCGCAACGUGGAAGUGCACCUCCGCGGGCGGCUGUGUCCAGCAAAACACCAGCAUCGUGCUCGACCGCGACUCCAAGCUCGCCGCCGGCGCCGCCGGCUCGCGUUCUGCCGCCGACUACGCCGCCAUGGGCGUCACCACGUCUGGCAACGCGCUGACGCUGCACCACUACGUCAACGGCCAGUCGGCGUCGCCCCGUGUCUACCUGCUCGACAGCAGCACCAACAAGUACGUGCUCAUGAACCUGCAGAACAACCAGGAGCUGUCCGUCGACGUCGACCUGUCGUCGCUGCCCUGCGGCGAGAACGGCGCCUUUUAUCUGUCGGAGAUGGCGGCCGAUGGCAGCGGCGGCACGGGCGGUGCGGGCGCCGGUGCGGCGGGCGGGUAUGGCUACUGCGACGCGCAGUGCCAGGGCUUCUGCUGCAACGAGAUGGACAUUCUCGAGGCGAACUCGCAGGCCACGGCCAUGACGCCGCACCCGUGCAAGGGCAGCAACUGCGACAAGGGCGGCUGCGGGUACAACCCCUAUGCGAGCGGGCAGCGCAAUUUCUGGGGGCCCGGCAAGACGGUCGACACGGGCAAGGUGUUCACGGUGGUGACGCAGUUUGCGGCGUCGGGCGGCCGGCUCACGUCCAUCACGCGCAAGUACAUUCAGGGCGGACGCCAGAUCGACGGCGGCGGCACCAUCAGCAACUGCGGCUCCGAGGGCGGCACGGGCGGUCUGCCUGGCAUGGGCGAGGCUCUCGGUCGAGGCAUAGUGGUCCUUGCUAUGAGCAUCUGGAACGACGGCGCACAGCAAAUGUCCUGGCUCGACCAGGGAAACAAUGGUCCUUGUGCCGCUGGCCAGGGCACCCCGUCCAACAUCCAGUCGCAGCACCCAGAUACCCACGUCGUCUUCUCCAACAUCCGCUGGGGCGACAUUGGCACGACCACCAAGCAGUAG